AUGACCCUCUCCGGCGGCGGCAGCGCCAGCGACAUGUCCGGCCAGACGGUGCUGACGGCCGAGGACGUGGACAUCGAUGUGGUGGGCGAGGGCGACGACGGGCUGGAGGAGAAGGACAGCGACGCGGGCUGCGAUAGCCCCAUGGGGCCGCCGGAGCUGCGCCUGGACGAGGCGGACGAGGUGACGCCGGCGGCACCCCACCAUGGGCAGCCUCAGCCGCCGCACCAACAGCCCCUGGCAUUGCCCAAAGAGGCGACUGGAGCCGGCGCUGGGCCAGGGGGCGAGGCGGGCGCUUCCGAAGCUGACGGCUGCAAGGGCGGCGUCGGCGGCGAGGAGGGCGGCGGGAGCGGCGGCGGGCCCGGCUCGGGCAGCGGUGCAGCGGGAGGCCUGGCCCCCAGUAAGCCCAAGAACAGCCUGGUGAAGCCGCCCUACUCGUACAUCGCGCUCAUCACUAUGGCUAUCCUGCAGAGCCCGCAGAAGAAGCUGACCCUGAGCGGCAUCUGCGAGUUCAUUAGCAACCGCUUCCCCUACUACCGGGAGAAGUUCCCCGCCUGGCAGAACAGUAUCCGUCACAACCUCUCGCUCAACGACUGCUUUGUCAAGAUCCCCCGCGAGCCGGGCAACCCGGGCAAGGGCAACUACUGGACCCUGGACCCGCAGUCCGAGGACAUGUUCGACAACGGCAGCUUCCUGCGGCGCCGGAAACGCUUCAAGCGCCACCAGCAGGAGCACCUGCGCGAGCAGACGGCGCUCAUGAUGCAGAGCUUCGGCGCUUACAGCCUGGCCGCGGCGGCUGGCGCCGCCGGGCCCUACGGCCGCCCCUACGGCCUGCACCCCGCGGCCGCGGCCGGCGCCUACUCUCACCCGGCUGCCGCGGCAGCCGCGGCGGCGGCGGCGGCGCUCCAGUACCCCUACGCGUUGCCGCCCGUGGCACCCGUGCUGCCGCCUGCCGUGCCGCUGCUGCCCUCGGGCGAGCUGGGCCGCAAAGCGGCCGCCUUCGGCUCACAACUCGGCCCGGGCCUGCAGCUGCAGCUCAACAGCCUGGGCGCCGCCGCGGCCGCCGCGGGCACGGCGGGCGCCGCGGGCACCACGGCGUCGCUGAUCAAGUCCGAGCCGAGCGCGCGGCCGUCGUUCAGCAUCGAAAACAUCAUCGGCGGGGGCCCCGCGGCGCCCGGGGGCUCGGCAGCGGGCGCUGGGGGCGCCGGGGUAACUGGGGGCACCGGGGGCGGUGGGGGUGGCAGCGCGGCUCAGUCCUUUCUACGGCCGCCCGGGACCGUGCAGUCCGCGGCGCUCAUGGCCACGCACCAGCCGCUGUCGCUGAGCCGGACGACGGCCACCAUCGCGCCCAUCCUGAGCGUGCCGCUCUCUGGACAGUUCCUGCAGCCCGCAGCCUCGGCCGCCGCUGCUGCCGCAGCUGCAGCGCAAGCAAAGUGGCCCGCUCAAUAG